AUGGAAAUCUCACUUCAAGAUCUACUUCCGCCGUAUUCCAAAACACAACCAAUCAAUACCCCUCGGCUAACUCUGCGACCGUUCCAAUGGACCGAUCUCCAAUCUCUAUACAAGCUUCGUACAACCUCAGAGGUCAUGCAAUGGACCAGCCAAGUCCAUAUAGACAGUUCUAUACAACAAACGCGUGAGUGGAUGCAAAGAUACAUAGACGAUACUGAGAUCCCACGACGCAAUUUCAACUUCGUCAUCACUCUCCGGGCCGAUAAGGAUAAUCAACCGGAUGAACUUUCGCCCAAUUCAUCUUCGGAAGAUAGCAGCGCUAUCAUCGGUGUAUGUGGCCUGACUGGCUUAGAUUCCCUACCAAUAUCUCCACUACCCAGCUUUGGAUAUAUGUUCUUGCCGAAUACCUGGGGGAAAGGAUAUGCUACCGAGGCUGCUGUUGGGUUUCAGAGAGAAUGGAAACGGCUAAUUGACUUGGGUCACCAAACCCACUCUAUCCCUCUUGGAUCAAGACAGGAUCUCUACAGUAUCCGGGCUGUGACCCUUGCGACUAAUAUACCGAGUGCAAAUGUUCUCCGGAAGUGCGGUUGGAGGACGUACGAGGCUAUCGAGGAAAAUGGCGAAAAGCUUCUGAGAUGGGUUUUGGACACAUCGGCCAGCUCUGACGCCUAG